AUGAAGUAUGUUCUAGUAGUUCUGCUUCUAGUGUGUGCUUUCCAGCCUAACCAAACCAAACGAAGAAAGGCACCAUGCUCGAGACAUAAACCAUACUGUAAACCAGUAAAGAAGACAAUAAUUGAAACAGCCAAAGCACCAAUAGUCCCUCAACCCUUUAGCCAAGCUGUUUUGGCGGGAAAUACUUUAUACCUGUCUGGACAAAUUGGGGUAGACCCUGUCACACUUAAGCUAGUUCCUGGUGGUCUUGUUCCUGAAACAGAACAGAUAUUCCGGAAUUUUAUUGCCAUAUUAGAGGCUGCUGGAGGUAGUUUGAAGGAUGAAUGA